CCCAGAAGGCUCCGGGCGGGCCAUUCACAAAGCGCAGCGCUUCCCGCGCUUGUGCAGUGGGCACCCGGCUGUCACAGAAGCCGCCGCGGGAAGAAGAAGGAAGGACAACUCCGCGGCAGUGGGAGCGGGUACCUAUCAAAUUCAGGUACCCGUUCCCCCUCCCUCCCCAAAGGUCCGCAGUCUCUGGUAAUCUCCAUUAUUUCUCUGGUCAUCUCCUGUACUGUGUCCGCAGUCUCUGGUCAUCUCCUGUACUGUGUCCGCAGUCUCUGGUCAUCCCCUGUACUGUGUCUGCAGUCCAUUGGUUCAGAAUAUUUUUGUUUUUGUUUUUCU